AUGGAUAGUCCUUUCAAGAUGGACUACCUCCUAGAUGUUGAUUCUGCCUAUCGGCUGUUUUACAGUCAAGGAGCUCAAGCUCGCCGGGCGACCCUGCUCACCGUACCCACAUUAAUGGCGGCAUCUUCCGAGGAGGACAUAGACCGGAGACCCAUCAGGAGAGUCCGGUCCAAGAGUGACACCCCUUACCUCGCGGAGGCCAGGAUCUCCUUCAACCUCGAGGCAGGCGUUCAGACUCAUGAAAAGUCUGACAGAAUUGAGAGCUCAUCCACUCUUUCCUUUGCUUCAAUGCUUCAUGCACAGGUCUGGGCUUUCCAGGCAUGUGUCCAAGCAGCCACAUUUUACCCCUGA